UUAGUUUGUAUAAUAAUGAUGUUUUUUUUUUUUUCCUGAAUCAUGUCUAAUAGCCUCACAAACUUUUUUAUGAACACUAAAUUCAUAACAUUGAUCCCAAGAAGAACGAGGAAAGAAAAUUGCCAUUAAAUCCUACAACAAUUGAGAAUUCCAUUUGAUCCCUAUUACUUUUAUACUUUGUGAAGUCCAUUACUAUAAAGUGAAUGUAACAAUUUUCUUUUCGCCUGUUUUUGUUAAAGUAUGUGUUCUUAGUUCUUUAUCUUGUCUGGAGAUUGUUAUAACUGUUACUGACAAUAUCUGUUCUGGUAGCUGAAAAUUGGCCUUCUUUACGGAGAGUUCAAUCCCAGCUCAAGUAGCAGGUUUCUUCAACCUGCAUAUGAUGUGCAACAUUUAUUGCUACCUCAGAGUAGACUGUGCCUUAGAAAUGUCAUUGCUACUCGUUCUAGCCACUUAUGUGCUCACAUACAAAUGAUAAGUUUGAUUCAAAUUGGGAAAUUGCAAAUCAGUACUAUAAAAGCAUGGCAAUGGUGCAGCAGCCACAUCAGAUUCAUCUGAAUUUCCACAAAGAUUUGGAUAUAGAACAACGAUUUGUUGCUUAUGGCUGUGCUGAGCACCUGAAGAAAUUGAAGAAACAUGCAUCUUCAUUAAAAGAAUUAGACCAAGGUAGUGAAACAAGUGUUCUGGCACAUAAAUGUAUGUGGCUACAAAAGCAACUAUUUGACAGCUUGUGCUCUAUGUCGAAGGACACAUCUUUGCUGCUGAAGACAGUUGAAAAUACUCAUUUAAAUACUUGCAACAGUGUGAAGGCUGAAGUCAACAAAAUUAACUUUUCUAACAAUUUUGGAGCCUGUUGGAUUAUAGAAGCCUGAAAAUGAAAUGUUGAAUUGAAAUUGAAAUGUGUAUUAGAAAAGAAGGAAAAGAUUAUUAUGUGUGUGAAUCAUUCUAUUGUCCUUUUCUUUUAUUUGUGUAUUUAUCUAGCAUAUAAUACAAGUAGAUUACAUGCCCCACUCUCUCUCAUACAAUGAACAAAGGGGUUUAAAAUUGUUCUUAAAAUUCUGUCAUAAAAUCUGACCAUUGGCAACAU